AUGUGCACGUUUGAUGUCUUAAUCAGGUCAUUUGGAGCCAAUUGGAACAUUGCCUAUCACUGGAGACUAGUUGAGGAAGGAAAGACUCUGUCUGCCCCAUAGGAAUUGAUUGAUUGUGAUUGCACCAUACCAUCUCAUCUUCUAUUCACCCCUGUUUGCAUUCCACCUCAUUUCAUAUCAUCUUCAUUCACUUCAUCCACUAAAAUCCUAUCAUCAGAGCUCGACCCACACUCGAUCGAGUCAGACGAAAAGUUGAGAAAAGAUGUUAAGGCAUUGAAUGAGAAGUUGGAUAAGCUGAUCCUAGCUCAGUCCACAAUGAAGAAAGUCAACUUUGUGUCUGCUGAGGAGAUGGAACCAGUCCAAGAAGGGGAGGAUACACAAUUUGCUGAGGUAUGCUACAUGAGCAAUGGGCAAGGAGGUUACAACAAAGGAUACUAUAAUUACAAGUCCAACCCUGCCAUGUCAUACCGCAACACUGAUGUUGCUAACCCUCAGGACCAAGUAUAUCCUCAACAACAAGCAGCUCGAUCGAGUCAGGUGCCACAACAUGGGUAUGGUCAAAAGAACAAUUACCAAGGACCACAAGGCACUUUCCCUGGACAACAAAUGAAUAUCCCACCAGGCUUCCCCCACCAACCGCCCCAGCCUGCACCUUCACAAGAGAAUGAGCUCAAGGCAAUGCUAAAGCAACUACUUCAAGGGCAAGCUGAUGGGGUAGUGGACACAAGCAAGAAGCUAGCUGAAAUAAACUCUAAGAUCGAGAACCUCAACACAAGGGUUUACUCUCUGGAGAAUCAUGCUUCUUCUGUUGCUGCUGCUACAAAGCAAGGACAACUACCUGGUAAAGCUAUUCAGAACCCCAAGGAACAGUGCAAGGUCAUCUUCACUCAAGAAGGACUUGUUGAAGAAGAGGAUCAAGAAAGGGUCAUUGAAGAUUUUUGUUUACUGCUGAAUGAUGAAGAGAUUGUUGCUGCUGAGGCUCCUGGAGUCCAGAUUGAUCAACCAGAAGUGCAUGCACCUACUGUGGCCAUUCACACUUCACCAGUUGAGCUCGCACGACAAGCUCGAUCGGCAGCUCGAUCGAGUCCAACUCUAGCUCGAUCGAGUCCGACCUCUUCUGUCCAAACCUGUUUUGCUUGA